AUGAACUCUAUCAACAAUUCCAUUCAAUCAACCCCUGCUCAAGCUGCUCCUACUCCUACUCCUCUUCCUCUCCAAGGUGAAUCUCGCGAUGGUGCUGCUGCUAAAGUCUCUGAAGAGAUCCUUGGUGAUGUUCCUCUCGUCAAGGUCGAAAAGGUGCUUGUAGUGGGCUCUGGUGGUUUGAGCAUUGGCCAAGCUGGUGAAUUUGAUUACUCAGGCUCCCAAGCUAUCAAGGCACUUCGUGAAUCUGGUAUCAAGACUGUGCUUGUCAAUCCCAACAUUGCCACCAUCCAAACCUCUCAUUCGCUUGCCGACGCUGUUUACUUUUUGCCUGUCACCCUUGAAUACGUCACCUAUAUUUUGGAACGAGAACGCCCUGAUGGUAUCUUGUUGACCUUUGGUGGCCAAACAGCUCUUAAUUGUGGUAUUCAACUUGAUCGUGCUGGUGUCUUGGAUCGUCUCAACAUCAAGGUGCUUGGUACACCCAUCAAGACUUUGAUCACUUCCGAAGAUCGUGAUCUUUUUGUCAAGGCUCUCAAUGAAAUUGACAUUCCUGUUGCUCAAUCCACGGCUGUGGAAACUGUUGAAGAAGCACUUGAAGCAGCUUCCAAGAUUGGUUACCCUGUUAUUGUGCGCUCCGCUUUUGCAUUGGGUGGUCUCGGAUCUGGUUUUGCUGAUGAUGAGCAAGAAUUGCGCUCUUUGGCGACCAAGUCUUUGGCAUUGACGCCUCAAUUGCUUGUUGAACGAUCCAUGAAGGGUUGGAAGGAAGUCGAAUACGAGGUGGUGCGUGAUUCUGCCAACAACUGUAUCACCGUUUGUAACAUGGAGAACUUUGAUCCCUUGGGUGUUCACACGGGUGAAUCGAUCGUGAUUGCUCCUUCCCAAACAUUGAGCGAUGAAGAAUAUCACAUGUUGCGUACAGCUGCCAUCAAGAUCAUUCGUCACCUUGGCGUUGUCGGUGAAUGUAAUGUGCAAUAUGCCUUGAAUCCUGUCAGCCUCGAAUACAGAGUUAUCGAAGUGAAUGCUCGUUUGAGUCGUUCUAGUGCUCUUGCUUCCAAGGCUACUGGUUAUCCUCUCGCUUUUAUUGCUGCCAAGAUUGCCCUUGGUCAUACCUUGCCUAGUCUCCAGAACGCUGUUACCAAGACAACCACUGCUUGUUUCGAGCCCUCUUUGGAUUAUGUUGUGACCAAGAUUCCUCGCUGGGAUUUGUCAAAGUUCAACUAUGUUGAUCGCCAUAUUGGCUCUGCCAUGAAGUCCGUUGGUGAAGUUAUGGCUAUUGGUCGUACAUGGGAAGAGAGUAUGCAAAAGGCUAUCCGUCAAGUGGAACCCAGCUGGCAAGGUUUCCAUGCGCUCAAGACCCCCAUUGACGAUGUUGAUGAUGUUCUCAAGAACCCUACCGAUCGUCGUUUGUUUGCUAUCAGCCAAGUGAUGCUUCAUCCUGAUCCAGCUGUGAGAGCCAAGUACACUGUCGACUACAUCCAUGACCUUUCCAAGAUUGACAAGUGGUUCUUGUACAAGUUGCAAAACAUUGCCGAUUUGCAUUUGGAGUUGGAGGAGUUCAAGGGUACCGAUGUUAGCAAUGUGCCUGUUGAUUUAUUGCAAGAUGCCAAGAAGGCUGGUUUCUCUGAUAUUCAAAUGAGCAAGCUCCUUGGUUGUGAUGAGAUGGCUGUGCGUGAAGCUCGAAAGUUGCACAACAUCACCCCAUUUGUCAAGCGCAUUGACACUUUGGCUGCUGAGUUCCCUGCACACACCAACUACUUGUACACCACCUACAAUGCCUCUGCCAACGACAUUGACUUUGAGGACAAGGGCACCAUGGUACUUGGCUCAGGCGUUUAUCGCAUUGGCUCUUCUGUUGAAUUUGAUUGGUGUGGUGUCUCUUGCAUUCGUGGCUUGCGUAACAUUGGCGAAAAGACCGUGAUGAUCAAUUACAACCCUGAAACAGUAUCCACCGAUUUUGACGAGUGCGAUCGCUUGUACUUUGAAGAACUCAGCUUUGAACGUGUGAUGGACAUUGCCGAAUUGGAGCAUGCCAAGGGUGUCGUGGUGAAUGUGGGUGGUCAAUUGCCCCAAAACAUUGCCUUGCGCUUGUAUGAGAACCAUAUCAAUAUCCUUGGUACCUCCCCCAAGAUGAUUGAUGCUGCUGAGGAUCGAUUCCAAUUUGCUCAAAAACUCGAUAUGAUUGGUGUUGAUCAGCCAGCUUGGAAGGAGCUUACAAGCGUUGAGGAAGCACGUGACUUUGCUGACAAGGUGGGAUAUCCAGUGUUGGUGCGUCCUUCGUAUGUGUUAUCUGGUGCUGCCAUGAACGUUGCCUAUGAUCAUGAAGCUCUGGAAAAGAAUCUCAAUGAGGCAGCUGAUGUGUCACCUUUGCAUCCAGUGGUUGUGUCCAAGUUUAUCAAGGGUGCACAAGAAAUUGAUGUUGACGUGGUUGCUUAUCAAGGCAAGGUGUUGGUCCACGCUGUGUGUGAACAUGUGGAAAAUGCUGGUGUGCAUUCUGGUGACGCUACAUUGAUUCUCCCACCACGUGAUUUGGACGAUGAAACAAUGGCACGUCUCAAGGAGAUUGCUGACAAGGUUGCCAAGGCAUUUGAGAUUACUGGUCCUUACAACAUGCAAAUUAUCAAGCAAGAUGCACCUGAUGGUGGAAAGCCCUUGCUCAAGGUGAUCGAAUGUAACUUGCGUGCAUCUCGUUCCUUCCCAUUCGUAUCCAAGGUGCUUGGUGUCAACUUUAUUGAUGUGGCUACUCGUGCACUUGCCGGCAAAAACAUCCCUGAACCUGUUGAUUUGAUGAAUGUCGAAUAUGGUUAUCAAGCAGUCAAGGUGCCACAAUUUUCAUGGACUCGUCUUCAAGGUGCUGAUCCUUUCUUGGGAGUGGAGAUGGCAUCGACUGGUGAAGUUGCAUGCUUUGGCAAGGAUAAAUACGAAGCUUUCUGGGCAGCCAUUCAAGCAACUCAAAACUUCCGUAUUCCUCAACAAAAGGCUGGUGUGUUGAUUGGUGGUGAUGGUGAAACGGAUGAAGAUGAUUAUGUUCAUAUUGCAAAGAUCUUCCACGAGGCUCUUGGUCAUCCAUUGUUUGUGCCUACCAAUCAGGAUGCUGAAUUCCUCAAGACCAAAGCUGGUAUUGAUGCCAAGGUGCUCAAUGUCGCCGCCAAGGCCGAGAACAAGCGUGAAUUGAAUCGACUAUUCAAAGACCACAAGAUUGACUUUGUGAUGCAUCUCGCCAAGGUCCGUCCUACUUCUCAAUACGAUGAAGGCUAUAUUUGCCGUCGUGCUGCAGUGGAUUUCGGUAUCCCACUUCUCAAUGAUGCCAAGGUUGCCCGCUUGUUUGCUGAUGCAUGUGUUCAAAAACGCGAUAUCGCUUCUGGUGACAUUCCUAACGAAGUCAAGAGCUGGAGCGAAUAUGUUGCUACCAAGAUUUAA